AAAAAAAAAAAAAAAAAAAAAAAAAACUUUAAAAAUUAAGUCAGUUUCAGAGUAGGUUCGCUCCCCCGUGUUCACGUGCUCAUCCGAAUGAAUGAGCCGCCUGAUCCUUGUUUGCCUUUUAGCCUUUUUCUAAUCCCGCUUCAAGAAUUAAGAAGUCCCUACGUCUAUCCAUAAGAUGUCCCCGGGAGUGUAUCCAUUAAAAUGUCCUUAUUCCGAAUUGGUUUCAAACACGGCUGCUUCCUCGGGAUGUCCAGUUUCGGAGAUAAACCACGAGGAUGUCGAGCCGAGUUCCCCGUGACGAGUGUACUCGUGGAGUCCACAGCUACUACGGCCCGGCGACUAGGGCGCAAGCGCCUGAUCCACGCGUCUCGUCGAUAAUAACCUUCAUCACUUCCGUAUUUUCUGUUGUGAUUUCUCAGGUUUUUUAUUUAAUCGAUAUAGGAUCCACCUUCGGAUUGACAGAGAAUAAAGAAGAUAGAAAACGCCGGUAACUGAGGACGAUUCCAGGACGGAGAUACCAGCCGCUGAUGAGUGGGAGGAGCCACCCAGGCGCUAAGGGAGGGUCAGGCUGCGAUGUGUACGAUACCCAAUCAUCUUCCACUAUUCAAAUUAACGCCACCCACUUGCAGAAAAAAGUUGUUCGGAAUUGAGCUAACGAUUGAACGAGGAAGUAUUAUUAGGUCAAUUCUUAGGUAUAAGCGCGUUUAUAAAUUUUAAAUUCAUUUUUUAGAUUGAAAAUAUAGCUAGGAAUUAACGCUAUUCAUUUACAUAAUGUUAAUAAAACCAAGUAACUAAAUAUUUCAUCAGUUGACUCUGGGGAGGUAUGCUAGAACCUUUAGUCUGGCCAAUUGAGGAGACAGUACGAGACGAUGGGCGGGGUUGGCAGCCGGCUGGGAGGGGGGGGUCUUCGGGCUGGGGGCGCGGGCACGUUCAGGAAGCCAUUGCGGAGCUCCGCUCUUUGAGUAACUCCCACUGUUUUUGCGUAUCGUACGCACUGCAUUGCACGAUUCCGCCACACAGAAAUGGCAUCGGCAGCCAAGAAGAGGAAGAUGAAUUUCUCCGACAGGGAGGUGGAGAUCAUCGUGGAGGAGAUCGACAGACACAAACACGUCCUGGUUAACCACUUCAACGCCGGAGUCACGCACAUUGCCAAGAACAAUGCGUGGCAGGAGAUCCUCAAAAGGGUCAACGCCGUGACCACCUGUCCCCGGGAGCUGGCCGAGGUGAAGAAGAAGUGGUCUGACCUGAAGACCGAGGUGCGCCGGAAGGUGGCUCAGGCCCGAGCCGCAAUGGACGGAACCGCGGACUCGGCCCCGGUGUCUGUCACCUUAACUUCGACGCAGCAGCACAUCUGCAACUUGUUGGGGGAAGCGACGGUCAUCAGUGUAGCAGCGGGGGAGCAGAGCACCGAGAUCAGCCUUCCCGUGACCACGGUGACCCUGUCCGCACAGGGUAUUGAAACUGCAGGGUCCGCAACCUUUGAGGUUCAAAAAACUCUACAAGGCGAGACCACUUACCAUGUGCUGGAGGAUGGAGGGAUGGUGGAGUACUGCACAGCAGAGGCAGAGGUGGCAGCUGAUGGCCAGGCAGAGGUGCCCACAGCAGAGGGUACGGAAUGCUCCGCUCGUCCUCAGGAGCUGAAGAGCCGCAUCGCUCUCAACUCGGCGCACCUGCUGCAGGAGCAGCGCGUCACAAACCUGCAUGUGCGUGAGAUCGCCCAGCACCUGGAGAUGCAGACAGGCAUGCUGCAGAUGAUCCGCCGUUCACAUGAAGUGCAGGCCUGCGCCCAGGAGAGGCAAGCUCAGGCCCUGGAGGGCACACAGGCCACCCUGCAUGCCCUCGUCCAGGCGCUGCGGCCUGCUCUCAAGGACCUCCGCAAGUUCCUGCAGGGUGCCACUAACACGGCCGCCUCAGCCACCCUCUCGGAAGAGGCACAGCAGCCGGCCACAGUCCUAAAAGUGGAAGAUCUGAACUAGAUUGUGUGUCUACCCAUGUGGUUACCAUUCCACAUGCAGGCCCUGUGGAGCAAAACAUUUGCAAACUCUGAGAAAUUUUUGUAAACAAGGGCCAUAGUUGCAGGUACUGCAGUGAAACUGUGAUGAUUAUCGAAUGUUUUAAGUUAUUUUUGUAUUCUAAAAAUUAUAAAUGGGGGGGGGGAGCUUUUCUUGUUUCUGCCUAUAACAAAUAAAUUAUAAACUUUUGCCUU